AUGUCUAUGCUCAUAUCCAAACAUGCAGCUGAGCUUUGCGCUCAUGUCGUCAACGAUCUGUUUGGCGAAUUGCCAGCUAGAAUCAUUGCUGUCCUGCUCAGCAAAGGCAGAUCAACCAUUCCACAACUUGUCCGACACACGUCCCUGCCACCGAGGCAAAUGCGACACGGCCUUGCCGUCCUUGUGCAACAAAACCUUCUCUACCACCACGCGAUUGCCGGAUCAAGUGUCACCAGCUACGAAGCCAACCCCGAUGCAUGUUACAACCUCGUCCGUUCUGGCAAGAUUAUAGAUAUGGUGGGGACAGAAUACGGUCUGGCCGAGCAAGAAGUGUUCCAAACGAUCAUGCAACUGGGCCACGCCAGGGUGUCAGACCUCGUACAGGCAUUCGGCUUCCAUCCAGACCAGAACGGCAACAAUGGGGGUCAUUCCUCAGACGGCAGGCGACGCGCAGGGGCAACAGGUUCCGCACACGUACAAACACUCCAGAACUUGCACACAACACUUGGUCGCCUGAUCAUUGCGGAGCUCAUCGACCAGGUUGGCCCCAAGACAUUUCGAAACAUCGAGGACGUGUACCGUGAAAUUGAGGAAGAUGCUUUAAGAGGAGAACCCGGCGAGAAGCUGACAGCCAAGCACAAGGAAGCGCAACAAGAGACAAUCGUCUCACGCUGUGUUGCUGCUCGAGAAGAGAGCAAGAAGCUGAAACGUCAGCUAAUGCAAACCAUGCCGUUCAUUGCCAAGCGACGAAAGCUCACCAACGGUGUCCAUUCCAACGGCUCCGUCGCCAAUGGACAUGACCAGGGACUAGGGCCCGAUCUGGUCCUCAAAGUCAACUUUGAGAAGUGUCUGGUCGAUCUUCGAAAUCAGACCCUCGCGCAAUACGCCUCCGAUCAUAUUGGGGAGGUCACGGGACAAGUUUACCACACGCUGCUUCGUCUCUUGUCAGAUAAGAUUGCGCGGUGUCGCAUGGACCCGAGAUUUGAUCUGGAGCCGGGCGAGGUUGGUGAUAUUGACGAUGACAACAGUCGUCGCAGAGCCAGUCCACAGGUGGCCAUGACAGCCUUACAGAUUUUAGAUGCUCUGGAUCCAUCCAUCUGUGUCGCGGCAGGGGUUGGUAAAGCAGCACGCAAGAAAAUCAAUCAGCGCAAUGCCGAAAAAGUCAGGUCAAUCCCAAAGCAUCUGGUGGAGGAAUCGGAGGACUCGGAUGACGGAGCCACACUCGGAGGGGACGGUCGCGACGACGACAGCGAUGACAAUGGCGAUUCCGACGACGACGAAGACGGGCCCUCCAGACGAAGACAGAACGGGUCCGGCACAAGGGGCGGAAGGGUCAUGUUUGAAGACGAAACGCUGCCGAAGCAUUCACGGCUGGAUGAGAUGCGACAACACCUCCUCCUAUUAGCUGAAAGUCCCCAGGGAUUUGUGCGGCACUGCGGCACACAAGGCCGUGGUCAGUUUACCGUCGACUUCAAACCGCUGAUGGAGUCCCUGCGACAGGUCGAAGUUGAUGCCGUCAUCGAGCAGACCUUUGGACGGCACGGCCUUCGACUAACUCGCAUCCUCCGUGCCAAGGGCAAGCUGGACGAGAAGACGCUGCCGGGCCUCGCACUGAUGAAGAAAUCAGACGUGCAGGGCAAGAUGCUUGCGCUGCAGAUGGCCGGAUUUGUUGACGUCCAAGAGGUCCCGCGCGACAAUAGCCGCACGGCAAACAGGACCAUGUUCUUCUGGUUCUUCGACGCGACACGCGUCGAUAACCAGCUCAUGGAUGAUGUUUAUAAAACGAUGCUGCGAUGCUUACAGACUCUGGAUGUCCAGAGACACCGUGAGCGAAACAUCCUGUCUUUUGUGGACAGGAAAGACGUCAAGGGAAAGGAGGAGGAGGUCAUGACGGCCGAGCACUACAACAAGUACAGCCAAUUUCUUGAUCUCCAAAGCAAGCUUCUUGGCCAAGUCAUGCGGUUGGAUGAGUUGAUUUCUGUGUUCAAGGACUAUUAA